AUGGGCGAUCUGCUGGCUAAGGGUAAGCGGAGAAGUAGUAGUUCUGAUGGUGUCGAUGGCGUGAGCGAUUUGAAACGGCGGAAACGGACCGGUGAGGGCGAGUCACUGCCGGAUGACUCUGGAAGUGGCUCGCAGAGCGACAGUGAUGACGAGAACGCUGCGCAGCUGAUGGAUAUGGAGGAAUUCAAGAGGGAGAAUUUGGAGGAUUUAGAAAAGGAGUCGACUGUUGCGGUGGCGGACAGCCAUCUAGAACCGUUCAAUUUAGCCGAGGAUUUGGAGCACGGUGUCUUCGAUAAGGAUGGGAACUACAUACCGCAGGCGAGCGAUGACGAAGCUGAGGAACAGGACGCAUGGAUUGGCGAGGUGGAAGAUGUGGAGGCAGUGGCUGAGGCACAGAGGUCUCGACAGUCUCUCCUUAGGGAGAAGCAAAGGACCCAGCAGCGCGCUCGUAGGAAGCUCAUGACAGAGGAGGCGCUGGUACGGCUGCUAUACUGCGUCGAUAAACAUGAAACCAUUAUGUACACACUCGCACGGUACUCCAAACUGCGACAAACGGCCAAGAAAUUGCAGUCCCCGGGGUUAAUCCGACAAGGCAUAGACAAUGCUAUUGACUUGCUCACUGAUCUAAUCUCACUGUUGGAACAGAAGGGUAUGGAGGACAUUUACAGUUGGGAUCGGACGAAGAUCCAUGAGGUGAUCAAGGAGGAAUCGAUAGAUGGUAAGGACCCCGUGGACAACUACGCCCAAAAAACCUGGGAUUUCAAAUGGAGCCACUCGCCAUCCAAAGUCCACGGUGUAUACUCGAACUACGAGAUGCAGCAUUGGAAGCAAACGGCCUUCAACGAUAAUGUAAUCGUCAAAUACCAUGAGGACAAUGACAAGAUAGACAGCUGGCUUUUUGUUGGUUGUCUAGAGUUUAUGUAA